GCCGCCAUCCCCGGCAUGGCCGUGGCCGCCGCUGCCCGCCGCGCUGUGUCCGCGCUGCUGCUGGGCCGGGGCCCGGCGCUGCUGCCCGCGCUGCGCCUGCCCCGGCCCGCCCCGCUCCCGGCCCCGCUCCCGGCCCCGCUCCCGGCCCCGCUCCCGCUCCGCGCCGCGCUCCGCGCAUACAGCCAGGUCACAGAUGCUCCGUCCCGGGAAGGUCGCCUCUCAGAGCAGGAGCCCGCCUCAGCCAAGGCGGAAAGCGACAGCGUGUACCUCGUCAGGGCACAAGGAUUCCCAUUCUCGUGCACCGAGGAAGAUGUCCUUACCUUCUUUGAUAGCUGUAGAAUUCGAAACGGUGAGAACGGGAUACACUUCCUCUUAAACAGGGAUGGGAGGCGCAGCGGGGAGGCUUUGAUCGAGCUGGAGUCCAAAGCAGAUGUCCAGAGAGCCCUGGAAAAGAACCUGAGGUACAUGGGCCCACGUUAUGUGAAAGUUUUUGAGAUCCAUGAUGGUGAUGUGGACGAAUUGCUGCGCUGCCUGCGGAACGAGUCACAGGCCAUGAACGAAGGGGUUGUGCUGCUCCGAGGCCUUCCUUUCACUGCCACCGAGGAAGACAUUGAAGAUUUCUUCGCAGGUUUGAAAAUCACAGACAUAGCUUUCAUUUACCGGGGAAGCAGAAGAACGGGAGAGGCUUUCGUGCAGUUUGCGGCUCCUGAAAUGGCGGCUAAAGCCCUGUUACGGCACAAGGAAUAUAUGGGAAAUAGGUAUAUAGAAGUGUACGUGAGCAGAAAGCACCAGAUGCAAAGGCACAUGCCUUACAGCAGUCAGGCAGUGGCCUACUCCAGAGGGAGACGAGAGUAUGAAUCCAUCUCCGAAGAAAGGGGCUGGAGAGAGACUGGAGGCUCCAACGUCAAAGGAGAACUUAAACUGUGCAGGGAAGGAACAGAAAACUCCAGGAACGUUUCAGAGUCUGAGACCACCUCAUCACCACCACAGUACUUUGUGCACAUGAGGGGCUUUCCUUCCCAAGCUAGUGCCCAGGAUAUAAUAAAUUUUUUUGCUCCACUGAGGCCCACAAGGAUCUUGGUGGAAUAUAACUCCCAUGGAGAUGCCACAGGAGAGGCACAUGUGCAUUUCCAGAGCCACGARGAUGCAGUCACAGCGAUGGCCAAGGAGGGGUCACAGAUGGAGUGCUGUGCCAUUGAGCUGUUCCUGAACGAACAUCCAAAGAGAAAGGAGAACUGCUAGUGACAGUGGCACGGGUGCAGGCUUGGCCAAGCAAACACAUUCCGUGGGUGUGAGCGUGAAGAUCAGGUCCAAGUGUCACCACUCAGCGACGAGGACAAGCUAAGAUUAGUUGAGCCUUGUGUAAGAGCUUGUAAUAAUGUGAUGGGCUGUGGGGAAGUUGCACCAGGAGUGGCUGCAGUGGGAAUGGCCAAGRCUGCAUGGUGGAGCAGUCCUGGGCUCCAGUUGCAUCAGGGUGCAUUAAUAAAACACCAGGAUUGCCAAUCAACAGCUGAGUGAUCCAAAUC